AUGGCAGCAGACCGAGCCCUCGACCCUCGAGUCUCGCAUCACGAAGUCGCAAUACGGGGCAGAACAUACUACUACAUUGUCGGAACACCUACCGAGGCAUGCAAAGAUACGGUUCUACUCAUGCAUGGGUUUCCGGACCUUGGCUUCGGCUGGCGCAAUCAGAUUCCAUAUCUCAUGUCUCUCGGCUACAGAGUAAUUGUGCCGGAUUCUCUAGGAUUUGGCAAGACAGAUGCUCCUAUUGAUCCUAGCUCUUACACCUUUAAGAGCGUGGGAGAUGACAUUGCGCAGCUGGUAAGAGGUAUUGUGCCAACAGGCAAGAUUAUUCUCGGCGGCCACGACUGGGGAGGCACCUUGGUCUGCCGCAUGGCGGUUUGGCACAAGGACCUGGUGAAGGCGGUUUUCGCGGUCGGCAUAUCUUACACACCCUUCCUCACUAAAUACGUUGAUCUAGCCGAGCUCGUUGAGUCAGGGGCCGAGCCUUAUAGCGGAUACCAGCUGCAAUUCCGCGGAACACGGGUUGAAGAAGAAAUCAAGGGGAAGGCAGGGUUGCGGCUUUUCUUCAGCGCCAUGUUCUGGGGCAAGACACAGAACGGCGAGCUCGGCUUCUCUCUCACCGAUGGUCUUUUAUUCGACAAGCUCUCGUCGCUUAACCGCCCAAAGAUCCUGAGCGUUGAGGAAUUCGAAUUCUAUGUCAAUGAGUACAACCGCCACGGGAUACAUGAGCCUUUGAACUGGUAUCGAAAUAAGAGGUUCAACUUUGAUGAUGAGAAAAUAUUAGCAGAGACCAACAGUUUUGCGAUUGACAUUCCGGUGCUUCUUGUCAAACCGACGGGAGACGGCAUAAUCACGGACAAAGAGAUGGAGGGCUUUCAUUUGCAGUUCUCUCAGCUCACGAUACGUAUGACUGACUCUACACAUUGGGCGUUGGUUGAGGCUUCCCAGGAAGUGAACUUAUAUAUAGGGGAGUUUUUGGAAACUUUUGAGAUGCUCAGACCUUAA